AAAAAUGCUAAUUUUAUGGUCUUAUUUGUUUCUUUUCACAUUUGGAUACAACUCCCCUGUACCCUCUCUAGCUCAGCCUACCACCACCAUCACCACCGGCAGCCCAUUCACUUUUCCAGCGGCCCGGUCCACUGUCUUACCCGACCCGUCAACAUACUUCUCUUCCAACCUCCUUUCAUCUCCUCUCCCCACUAACACAUUCUUCCAAAACUUUGUUCUCAACAAUGGCAGUCAACCAGAAUACAUACACCCAUAUCUCAUUCAAUCAUCAUUUUCAUCACUUUCUGUUUCUUACCCAUUUAUCUUCUCCAACUCUUCUUUCACAUCCCAAAUCUUUAGCCCGGAUUUCACCAUAUCCGGGUUAAAUAACCCGAAUCCGAACCAAACCCAUGUCAUAUCUUCCUUUGAUGACCUUAGUGUCACUUUAGACAUUAAACCCAGCUUAAGAUUCUUUCUUGUUAGAGGCAGCCCAUUCUUAACAUGUCAGGUAUUACAAAGUUUGAAACUUUCCAUUUCAACUAUUCAUAAAGUUGUUAACUUUGUUCCUAAUUCAUCAAAAACUAGAUUUAAGAUUAAUCUUGAUAAUGGUCAAACAUGGAUUUUGUAUGCAUCUUCACCUAUAACUUUGUCCCAUGAUGUUUCCAAGAUUUUUUCAAAAGAAUAUAGUGGUGUAAUAAGACUUGCUGUAUUGCCUAACUCGAAUUCUAAAUAUGAAUCGGUUCUUGAUAAGUUUAGUACUCGUUAUCCUGUUUCGGGUCGUGCUGUGUUUAGUAAACCAUCUUCUGUUGAAUACAAAUGGGAGAAGAAAGGGAGUGGUGAUUUUUUAAUGUUAGCAAACCCUUUACAUAUUCGUCUUCUUGACGACGAUAGUGAUAUUAAGAUUCUUGAUGAUUUCAAGUACAAUAGUAUAGAUGGUGAGCUUGUUGGUGUUGUUGGUGAUUCAUGGGUCUUGAAAACAGAUUUGGUUCCUAUAACGUGGCAUUCGAUAAAAGGCGUUAAACAAGAGUCAUACCCUGAAAUUAUCAAGGCACUUAUGCAAGAUGUGAAGGAAUUGAAUUCAAGUAACAUAUCUACUACAUCAUCAUACUUUUUUGGGAAAUUGGUAGCAAGGGGAGCUAGGUUAGCAUUGAUAGCUGAAGAGAUUGGUUAUCUUAAUGUGAUGCCGAAAAUUAAAACUUUCUUGAAAGGUACUAUUGAGCCAUGGUUAAAUGGUACAUUUGAUGGUAACGCGUUUUUGUAUGAUAAAUCAUGGCGUGGACUUAUAACUAGAGCAGGGUCUAAUGAUACUACAGGAGAUUUUGGUUUUGGGAUCUACAAUGAUCACCAUUUUCAUAUCGGUUACUAUCUUUAUGGAAUUGCUGUCCUUGCUAAGAUAGAUCCUGAUUGGGGAAGAAAGUAUAGACCUCAAGCAUACUCUUUGAUGCUAGAUUUCAUGACAUUGGAUAAAGGUCCAGAUUUGAAGUAUACCCGUUUAAGAAACUUUGAUUCGUGGAAGCUACACUCAUGGGCUGCAGGAUUGACAGAAUUUGAAAAUGGAAGGAAUCAAGAAAGUACAAGUGAAGCUGUGAACGCGUAUUACUCUGCUGCUUUAAUGGGGUUAGCUUAUGAAGAUAAACGUCUAGUUACACUUGCAACGUUGCUUACCACGGUUGAAAUUCAUGCUGCACAAACAUGGUGGCAUGUUAAAGAAGACAGUAAACUCUAUGGUGCAGAUUUCACUCGUGAGAAUAGAGUCGUGGGAAUUCUUUGGGCUAACAAAAGAGAUAGUAUCCUAUGGUUUGCCCCAGCCGAUCAGAGAGAGUUUAGGCUCGGAAUUCAGCUACUCCCUAUUACACCGAUCGCAGAAGUCUUAUUUUCGGAUGUGGAGUAUGUAAAACAGCUUGUAGAUUGGACUUUGCCUUCUUUGAAAAGAAAAGGUGUUGGUGAAGGAUGGAAAGGAUUUGUGUAUGCAUUGGAAGGUAUUUAUGAGAACAAUAUUGCUCUCAAGAAAAUCAGAAAGUUAACUGGACAUGAUGAUGGGAAUUCACUAAGUAAUAUGUUAUGGUGGAUCUUUAGCAGGGGAUGAUGAUAAACAUUUCUUGGUUUAGGUCUUAUGUUGUCACUUUACAAUUGAUUUUUUGAAACAUUUGUGUUGAUUUUGUUCUGUUUUUUGGAUUUGUUAGUUUGAAGUUGUUAUUGGGAAUAGCAUGUUUGUAGGGCCAUUGUUCUGAAUUCUACAUUCCUGCCAUAUGAUUGGUGGGUCUGUGGUGUGUUUGUAUUCAUGUUUUUUUGAGUUAAUAUAUACAAGUCGUUGCAUAUUAA